AAACAGGAUUUUUAUACCCUUUCUUUCAGAUGUGACUCAGGACUCCAUGAUUGAGCCAAAGGACUUUUCAUUGGCCUAUAAAACUGGUCCCACCUGAUAAGUGCACUUGGCUAGAUUGCUGGUAGUCUCUCCCACUCAAACGCUAGUGAAGGAAGCUCCCAUGCACCUUCCUCUCUUUAAUUCCCAGGUAACCUCCGCGCACCUUCUUUGCCAUCUCGUCAUGCCUAACUCAUCUCCUAAUUCAGCCCACUGCUCUAUAAAUGUACACACUCAAGCAUCCGAUUCUAUAUGUACAAAAAAACUAAAAACCCUUCAUCUCUACCAUCUCAUUUUCCUUCUUCAACCAAGCAUGGCUACAAGCUCUAGUUUCUCUAAGCCAUCCAAAUGGUUCUAUGGCAACAUCUUCAAGCUAACCCUCCACCGCCGUCGCCGCUCUAAGCCUAGCUUGCCAACCCCUCCUAUGUCUCCUCAUAGCUCUACUAGUCACCAGGCCGAUGACUUUUAUGAAGCGUUCCACCGCUUUGAUGCAAAUGGCGAUGGCAAGAUAUCGAUCGACGAGCUGAGGUCCUUCUUUGCAUCAGCUGGGGAGGACAUGACGUUGGAAGAGGCUGAGAGGGCCAUUAGGGGCCUCGACUCGGAUGGCGAUGGCCUGAUGGACUAUGGGGAUUUUGCGAGGCUGAUGGAAAGGGAUGGCAGUGGAGGAGAGGAGGAUUUGAGAAAGGCGUUUGAGAUGUUUGAGGUGGGGACGGGGUCAGGGUGCAUCACACCUGAGGGGCUGCAGAGGGUGUUGAGCCGUUUAGGGGACGUGAUGUCUAACGAGGAGUGUGCGGCCAUGAUAAGGGCUUAUGAUCUGGAUGGGAAUGGUGUGCUCGACUACCAUGAGUUCCAUUGCAUGAUGACUUAGUGAUAUGUGGAUGAGUGUGUGUAUAUAUUAUAAAUUUGCGACGCAUUUGGCAUUUGAUAUGGUCAUAAAGUUUGCAAGAAAUUACUGUCUGAAGUCAUGUACAUAUAGCUAAGAAUACUGGUUUGCCAUGGGGUGGCUCCUCUUUGAGUGUAUGUCGCAUAUUUCUAUCAGCUGUGCAAUUUUUUCCUCACAAGCAAUAUAUUGGGAUGGUUGAUUUUAAA